AUGCCACUUAGAGCCGCCGUGCCACAGAGGUCCUCAGGCAGUGCUAAGAUGCAGACCAAGCUGAGCAGCUGGACUCCUCUCAACCACCAGCUGUCCAACAGCAAGGUCUUUGAAGAGAGGCGCAGGCUUCUGGCUAAGUGGUUUGACAGGUGGAGUGACAGCCAGAGGAAGGCGGUGCUGCAGGACUGUGUGUGGAGCUGUUCUGUGGAGCAGCUGGUGUUUCUGAGCCUCAGUGUGAGCAGACGGCUCCCCCUGCAGGCUGCAGACUUCACCUGCCUGCUGCCCAGAGCCCUCUGCCUCUUCCUCUUCUCCUUCCUGGACCCACGCAGCCUCUGUCGCUGUGCACAGGUGAGCUGGCACUGGAAGAGCAUCGUGGAACUGGACCAGCUGUGGAUGCCAAAGUGUGUGAGGCUGGGCUGGAGCAUUAACGUCUCCCCCAGGCCUCUGGAGCAGAACGUCUGGAAGAGACACUACAUCCUCACUGUGCAGGAGCUGAGACUCACCUGUCUGCAGGCCUCCUCCUCCCAGCAGCAGCUGGUGGUUCCUCAUGUGGCAGAAGAUGCGUCAGAGUCGCUCUUCAUCAGUGAGGCAGGAUCCGCCGCUCGGACCGGAGCCAGAAAGGAGAAGCAGCCGGCUGCUCCGCCACCGUGGAGAGACUCUGACAGACGUCCUAAAGACACACUGCGCUUCAACUACCUGGACAACCAGGAACCCAGUGAAGCUGUCAAACAGCGAGGGAAGAGCAGAGCCUCCACCUGCCGCAGCAGCACCGCCAAGCCAGGCGACGGCAGCCAGAAAACCCUGUCUGAGGCACAUUACAAACUACGCAAAGCCAAAUCGCUGAUGUUCCUCAGCUCCAACUGCAGACCCCAACAUCCUCCUCCUCCUCCUCCUCCUCCUCCUCCUCCUCCUCCUCCUCCUCCUCCUCUUCCUCCAUCAGCUCACCCUGCCACCAAGAGCAUGCUGCGUCUGGCCCAGUGGAAUGCUGGGGUCCGACCGGGUCCAGUGAGGCCGCCGGUGCCCCGGCUGAGUGUGCAGGCGCUCAGGGCGUCCCAGCGCUCCCAGCGCAGCGCUCCCAGUAAACCACUGUUUGAGGUUCAGCCCUGGACUGUGUCUGCUGCUUCACACACACAAGAGAUGGACUGAAGACAUCACACACAUCAGGAAGACUUCACUGCUACAGGGUUCACUGCUACCGUUCUUGCUUUAAUGUUGAAUUACAUUAUUUUUCAUAGUGUCUUUUUGAAUAUAUCUGUGUAUCACCCUCUGUCUGUUGUGUCCCAAAAAGCCCAGUCUGCUCUCAUUGGCUUGCAAGUAAAAUAUGACGCUCCUAUGCAAGGACCGUUCCUCAGGGUGGAGAGCCACAUCUGAAUCCCUGUUUUCUGAUGGUUAAUG